AAUUUGAAAGGACUCAUUAUCCUGACGUUUUCGCGAGGGAAAGACUGGCAGCUAAAAUAGAUCUGCCUGAAGCAAGAAUACAGGUSUGGUUCUCAAACAGAAGAGCGAAGUGGAGGCGGGAGGAGAAGCUCCGGAACCAGCGUCGUCAGGCCAGCAACUCCUCCAGUCACAUCCCCAUCAGCAGCAGCUUCAGCACCAGCGUCUAUCAGCCCAUGCCUCAGCCCACCACACCGGUGUCCUUCACAUCUGGGUCUAUGUUGGGCAGACCUGACACGGCCCUCACCAACACGUACAGCGCCCUGCCUCCCAUGCCCAGCUUCACCAUGGCCAACAACCUGCCUAUGCAACCCAGCCAGACCUAUUCCUGCAUGCUGCCUACCAGUCCGUCUGUGAAUGGGCGGAGCUACGACACAUAUACGCCCCCUCAUAUGCAGGCACAUAUGAACAGCCAAUCAAAUCACUCUGGUACCACCUCAACAGGACUCAUCUCUCCUGGAGUGUCUGUCCCUGUCCAAGUCCCAGGCGGCGAGCCUGACAUGUCUCAGUACUGGUCAAGACUACAAUAGAGAGAAGAGCUACUUCACCCUGUAACCGCUCACCCACCGCCCUCCGCUGGGAGCUCACACACACACGGAGAGAAGUGGAGGAGAGAGAGAGACUCUGGGAGUGCCCUAGGACUACAGGGUGUGGUUGUUUCCACUGGGACAGUGUGUUGUUCUGUAGCUCUUGGCACAUAUGAGGACUGGGGAGAACAACRAUGGGAAGAGAGGGGGAAGAAGACAAAAUGUGGACCUCUGUAAAGUGCCCGGUGUUUAACAUUUUCAUGGAACAAAAACUUCWUUUUUUUUCUCACUUUCCAAGUAAUUGUUUCUUUUUUUCUGUCUGUCUCUUGUGUUUGUAUAUGGCCGUGUGUAUGUUAUGAUGAAAAACCCAGAUCAAGUACUGAUAGAUGGACUGCUAGAAAACCAUGUUGGUCUCAUGUUUGUUUUUGGGGUAAAGGAGAACCCAAGAGAUUUCUGCCAUGACUAUUUUUUGAUCUGCUUACAUCGAGACUUUCUACCAGACUUUGCACGGUCUGUGGACUCAUACGAAACUGUUGCAUAUCACCCGAGAGGAGAGCUGUGGGGAACAGACUCAGUGUGUUUAUUAAACCUAUUUAUUGGUCAUACUCCUUCAAAAUGGACGUCAGCAGAGGAGGACCUCCUGUCAAUCCACCCACCUCAGCCUUUUGGGUCGGACUCCUGCAAUAUCACAUGAACUGUAUAGGCCUGGGGAUUUAACUGUGGUCACAGACAACCACAUUAUCACAUGAAUUGUACUGGCCUGAAUUGUACAGACAACCACCACUAACAGUUUGCAAAGACAGUGGGACAUUCAAGACUUGUUCAUGGACUUCUGCUGUGGUGGAUGGAUUGAUUCUAGGUUCAAGACUUGUUCAUGGACUUCUGCUGUGGUGGAUGGAUUGAUUCUAGGUUUCAAGACUUGUUCAUGGACUCUGCUGUGGUGGAAGGAUUGAUUAACGGUCCAAGUGAAGAGCUAUAAAUGCAGAGGAGCUGAGUAAAACAGUUGAAUCGCUAAAUGGUAGACUGUGUCUUCGAUAUAAUCCAAUUUGUUCAUGCUGAAGUUAAGUAUGUCUUCCCUAGAAAUCUAAAGAUUUCUACAAUAAAAGUACAUUUACAUUUUUAUCCCCCCAAGAAUAUUCUAUAAAUGUUUUCUACACAUUUUCAUGCAUCAUAAAAAUACAUUUCUUUAGGUCAGGUACAAUUAGUCUCUUAGGUAUAGUUGUAUUAUAGUGUCCUAUGUGUCAAAUCAUUUUGUGCAACUAGAAAUAUUUCAUUCCUAUAAUUAUGAUUAAACAUGCUUGACAAAGUUUGAAACAUAAGUGUUUGGCAGUUGUUUACAAGUACAUAUCAAUUUAAUCAUUGUUGAUUGUAAAACAGACCAAAGCCUUUGUAUUUCAUCUAUUACACAAUGUUUUUGUUGUUGAAGAUAUUAGUCUUGUGUUGCAUCAUUUUGUAAACAUGUGAUGUUCUAUUACAGUGACCCAGAGUAUGUUUGACUGCGGACUAAUCCAGCAGUCUUAUUUAUAAUUGAAGACAAUGGGUGACUGCAGACAAUCCAGCAGUCUUAUUUAUAAUUGAAGACCAUGGGUGACUGCGGACAAACUUGAGCAGUCUUAUUUAUAAUUGAAGACCAUGGGUGACUGCGGACUAAUCCAGCAGUCUUAUUUAUAAUUGAAGACCAUGGGUGGCGUUUUCUAGCGUCGUCUGUCAUGCUUUUUUGAGUUCUGCGUUGUUUUUCAAAUAUGUGUACAUAGAACGUGGACACGUAUACAGGGUCUACGUCUGAGAAAUGCUUCUGAGAUGAAACGUCUAAACUGUCUCUUAAAUAUUUCAAUUUAAUUUGAUUUAAAAUGGAGCUUUCUAAAUGUAUUUUGUGAAAACUAUAAAAAAAASUAUUUUGUACAGUAAAUAUAGUGAAAGCUU